AUGAACACGUUUCUGGGGUUUGGAAGGGAACAUAUUGAAAGGCAUUACCGGAAAACAGGACAGUGUGUGUAUAUGCACCUGAAACGCCACGCGAUCAAGAAGGUACCAGGGGCAUCUGGUGGAGCUUUACCCAAAAGGAGGAAUGCUAAGCUAUUUUUAGAUCUAGAGACAAAUGGUGACCUCAGCAGUGAUGAUUUUGAAUAUGAAGAUGAAGCAAAGCUUGUUAUAUUUCCUGAUCACUAUGAAAUCUCCUUACCAAACAUAGAAGAGUUACCAGCUCUGGUGACAAUAGCUUGUGACGCCCUCCUCAGCGCAAAGUCACCCUACAGGAAGCAGGACCCUGACUCCUGGGAAGAAGAACUGCAGGCCUCUAAGCACGCCAAAACUCUUGUACAGUUAGACAACGGUGUUAGGAUCCCCCCCAGUGGUUGGAAGUGCUCAAAAUGCGACCUGCGUGAAAACCUGUGGCUAAACCUGACGGAUGGAUCGGUGCUGUGUGGGAAGUGGUUCUUUGAUGGCAGUGGGGGCAAUGGGCACGCGCUGGAGCACUACAAGGAGAUGGGGUAUCCCCUGGCAGUCAAGCUGGGAACCAUCACUCCUGAUGGAGCAGAUGUCUAUUCCUUUGAUGAAGAGGAGCCGGUUUUAGAUCCGCAUAUAGCAAAACAUUUGGCACACUUUGGAAUUGAUAUGCUGCAAAUGCAAGUGACAGAGAAUGGACUAAGAGAUAAUGACAUCAAACCAAGAGUCUCUGAGUGGGAAGUAAUUCAGGAAGCUGGUGUGAAACUCAAGCCCAUGUAUGGCCCAGGAUAUACUGGCAUGAAGAACCUUGGAAAUAGCUGCUACCUCAAUGCUGUCAUGCAAACCAUUUUCAGCAUCCCAGAGUUCCAGCGAGCGUAUGUGGGAAACCUUCCAAGAAUAUUUGACUACUCCCCUCUGGAUCCAACACAAGAUUUCAACACUCAAAUGGCUAAAUUGGGACAUGGCCUCCUUUCAGGCCAAUACUCUAAGCCACCCGUGAAAUCUGAGCUUAUUGAGCAGGUGAUGAAAGAAGAACACAAGCCUCAACAAAAUGGAAUAUCUCCCCAAAUGUUUAAGGCUUUUAUAAGUAAAGGUCACCCAGAAUUUUCCUCAAAUAGACAACAGGAUGCACAAGAAUUUUUUCUACAUCUUAUGAAUCUAGUAGAGAGGAAUGCAGUUGGUUCCGAAAACCCCAGUGAUGUUUUCCGCUUCCUGGUGGAAGAGCGCACCCAGUGCUGCCAGUCCAGGAAGGUCCGCUACACGGAGAGGGUGGACUACAUCAUGCAGUUGCCAGUUGCCAUGGAGGCAGCCACAAAUAAAGAUGAAUUAAUUGCCUAUGAGCUGAAGAGGCGGGAAGCAGAAGCUGCCAGGAGAGCCCCACCAGAGCUUGUCCGUGCCAAGAUCCCAUUCAGUGCAUGUCUGCAGGCCUUUUCAGAACCAAACAACGUGGAUGACUUUUGGAGCAGUGCUCUUCAAGCAAAAUCUGCGGGAGUUAAAACGUCUCGUUUUGCUUCAUUUCCCGAGUACUUGGUGGUGCAGAUAAAGAAGUUCACCUUUGGCCUUGACUGGGUACCCAAAAAGCUUGAUGUUUCUGUAGAGAUGCCAGAUAUACUGGAUAUCAACCACCUAAGGGCCAGGGGUCUCCAGCCAGGAGAAGAGGAACUUCCAGACGUUGCUCCUCCCAUUAUCAUUCCUGAUGAUCCCAAAGGUACCGACUUCUGUUCUCCUGGUCUCACUUUAUCCCCUCCAACUUUAGAUAUUGAUGAGUCUGCAGUUAUGCAACUGGCAGAGAUGGGUUUUCCUCUGGAAGCGUGUCGGAAAGCUGUAUAUUACACUGGCAACAUGGGUGCUGAGGUGGCUUUCAACUGGAUCAUUGCCCACAUGGAAGAACCAGACUUUGCAGAACCAUUGGCCAUAUCUGCUUUCGGAGGGGUUGAUCCCACUGCAGCGGCUGGUUUAGGAGCUGUUGGACUAGAUAACCAACCUCCUGAAGAGAUGGUUGCCAUCAUCGUUUCCAUGGGCUUCCAAAGAAAUGUAGCAAUUCAAGCACUGAAGGCAACAAAUCAUAAUUUGGAGCGUGCACUGGAAUGGAUCUUCAGCCACCCUGAGCCAGAGGAAGAAACUGUGCCUGCUUUGGACGUGAUGGAUAUGGAGAAUAAUGUUAAUGCCAACAUCCUCGCAGCGACAGGGUCAGAGGAACCCAGGAUCAAAGAUGGGCCUGGAAGGUAUGAGCUGUUUGGGUUCAUCAGCCACAUGGGAACAUCCACAAUGAGUGGCCACUAUGUUUGUCAUCUCAAAAAAGAGGGAAGAUGGGUGAUCUACAAUGACCUUAGAGUCUGUGCCUCAGAACGACCUCCCAAAGACCUGGGCUACAUUUAUUUUUAUCACAGGAUACCAAGUUAGACCUCAGAUCUCUUAUUUGGCCUUAUGAAGCCAUAGCC